UUCCAUAUAUACUAAUAAGUUAUUAUUAGCAACCAUCAAGUGCAUAUAUUUUGUGACAUAUAUACAAUGUCUUCAACAGCAAAACAAGGAGCGGUCCCAGUCCCAAAUGUUGUCCUACAAUCAUCAUUCACCAUGCCAGUGACGGGCCUCGGAACAGGUUCCGAAACAAACGAUGACCUCACCGUCAAAGCUGCGGCCGUUGAGGCCAUCAAGCUCGGUUACAGGCACUUUGACACUGCUUCCUUUUAUGGCUCUGAACAAGGUCUGGGAGAAGCCAUUGCUGAAGCCCUUAAACUUGGUCUCAUAAGUUCCAGGAAUGAACUUUUUAUCACUUCCAAGUUAUGGUUAUCUGAUAACCAUCCCCAUCUUGUUCUUCCUGCUCUACAAAAUUCACUUCGGAGUCUUGGAUUAGAAUAUUUGGAUCUUUAUUUAAUCCACUGGCCAAUAAGUGCGAAGCCUAAGCUAAAGAAAUUUCCUUAUGAUGAUGAUGACUUGGUGCCAUUUGACUUGAAGGGCGUGUGGGCUUCAAUGGAAGAAUGUCACAACUUGGGCCUCACUAAAUCAGUUGGAGUCAGCAACUUCUCUUGCAAAAAACUUGAAAAUCUCCUCUCUUUUGCUACAAUUCCUCCGGCGGUUAAUCAAGUGGAGUUGAAUCCUUGCUGGCAGCAGAAGAAUCUAAGAGAAUAUUGCAAAGCUAAGGAUAUUAUGGUAACUGCAUAUUCUCCUUUGGGAGCCAAAGGAGCUAUUUGGGGUAGUAAUGAUGUUAUGGACAGUGAAUUACUAAAGCACAUUGCACAUGCUCAUGGAAAAACUGUUGCUCAAGUAAGUCUUAGAUGGCUGUAUGAACAGGGUGUGACUUUCAUAGUGAAGAGCUACAAUAAGGAAAGAAUGAAACAGAACUUAGAAAUAUUUGACUUUUCACUCACAAAUGAUGACUACCAAAAGAUUAAUCAAAUCAAACAGGAGCGCAAGGUAAAGAAUUGUGCACCACCCGGUGGAUUCGUUAUUGAUGAUCUUUGGGAUGGAGAAAACUAGAAACCAUAAUACUCUUUAGUCUUUACGUAUCAUGUUUGUGUUUGUAUGCAGUGUGACAAAUAGUCUUCAAACAAAAGGUUUUGUUCUCAAGAAAGCAAUUAUACUUCUGUCUUUGAUGUUUAUUUUGAUGAGAAGAAACGUUAUAAUAUCUAUUAUUUUUUUGUA